CGUUUUUGGGUUGACCGCGGCCUUUAACAGAGUGACCUGCGGCACACCUUAGGCCAGGUCCGAUCAAACUCUUCUUCGGGGUCCAUGCUACCCUCCUGCAGAUUAAAAUGGACUCUCAAAACCAGUUGGCUUGUAGAGGAUGUCAUGGUCUUCCACGGGGUGAUUUUCAGUGCACAUGUUAGUCCGCAGGUAAGUCGAACUGAGUGUCGAACUGGGCCCCAAGGAUCCCCCCAAGUUCCACCGACCAGAGAGCAACGGAAUGCGCUCGGAGCCACAAGGUUGACCCUGCAGACAAUCAUGAAAGCUGAGCAGACCAGGUCUUUUGUAGAAGGCCUUCCAGGGAGCACGGAGCCGUCGGGGAGCAUGAAGCAGCGGUGCUGCAGGUCAGAUACGGAUGAGAGGACUUGUGAGGAUUUUGCGAGCAAGACAUAGCAAGACGACUUGUUUCUUGCAAUGCUUUUUUUGUUUCUUUUAAGUCUCUCUCUCUCUCGCUCUGUGCAUUUUUAUAUCAAUAGUAUUAUAAAUAUAAAUAUAUAUAUAUAUAUAUACGUGUGUGUAUGUGCGUAAUCACUAUGGUUGCGUCCUUUGCAUGCGAAGAUCGGGUUCUUUCACCCAGAUACGUUUGUUGAAAUGCUUUGCCUGAAGUCCUUCCGGCCUGGUGUUCUGUGGCGAUGCCGGCGACCAAAGGCUGCUUUGAUCCCAGGUUCAAAGGGAGAAUCGACUGUUUGAUCCCACAAUAUGACUUUCGGGGUGAAAGCCAUGGUUUCUUGCAAAGGUCCCUUAAACCAAUCAAUUGAUUGAAACGCUUAAAUCAACCGUCUCUUCAGGAUGUGGGACGGCAGACAGCACCAUGGUAACAUUGGCCGAAUCACUCACCUCAAGGCAGACUGUAGCUCACCGCAGCCUAUGGCUAAUCUCACGGAGAGACAGGGAGAUGCGGAGAUGAAAGAACUCCGUAAGUAAAUCAAUCAUGCCCUAGAGGCCCUGGAGGUCCAGUCAAGUAAAACCUGGCGAUGAAAGCUUCAUUCAUAGUGUUUUUGUAUGACCAACUCCAGUCAAAUGAGGUUCUGUAUACUAGGUUCUUUUCCCACCCGACUUUUGCGCUCCAGGAGCAGAGGCAAAUCCCAGCAGACCUUCAGGACUCAUCGGCGGCAGCUGAGUUAUAUCGCGCCAGAUCUCCGAGUGGUGAUGAUCCCAUACGAUGCGAGUCAUAUUGACUGCUGGAGAUGCCACAUGUCUACCCCACUUGUGGGAAUCCACCUGCACCUGGUAGGAAGUAAGACUCAG